AUGGAGAAGCUAAUCCUCCUCCUUUGUCUUGCUUCCGCCAUCUUCUGUUGCUUCUCUUCCUCCGCAGAGCAGAGAGCUGAGGUUGACGGAGGUGGGAACGGGACUGUGCAUGUCCGUGUGGGUGCCGUCCUUGACAUGCAGACUUCAGAAGGGAAGAGGAACUGGGCAAGCAUCACCAUGGCCAUGGAUGAUUUCUACGCUGCUCACGGAAACUACUCCACCAGGGUAGCUCUUUACCUCAGGGAUUCCAACACAAGCAUCAUUGGUGCAGCGGCAGCAGCCACGGAGCUAUUGGAUGUCGUCGGAGUGCAAGUCAUCAUUGGUCCUCCCAAAUCCACCCAAGCUGACUACGUGCUGGUUCUUGGCAACCACAUUCGAGUUCCCAUCCUUUCCUUCUCCGCCACCAGCCCUUCCCUCUCCACAGCCCGCACCCCCUACUUCGUGCGCACCACCCUCAACGACUCCUCUGAGGUCGGCGCCAUCGCCGCCGUCGUAAAAUCCUUCGGCUGGCGCAACGUCGUCCCCAUCUACGACGACACCGACUACGGUACGGGUGCCAUUCCCUACCUCGUCGACGCUCUCCACGCGGUCGACGCCACCGUCCCCUACCGCAGCAUCAUCGUAUCCACCGCCUCCGAUGAGCAGAUCGAGAAGGAGCUCUACCGACUCAUGACCAUGCAGACUAGAGUCUUCAUCGUGCACAUGCUCGCUGACCUUGGCUCUCGCCUCAUGCGGAAGGCCAAAGAGGUGGGCAUGAUGGUUGAAGGCUAUGUGUGGAUAACCACCGACGGGAUCACGAAUGAGCUCGACUUACUGGAGGAGAAGGUGCUCAACUCGAUGCACGGCACCGUCGGCGUCCGCCGGUACAUUAACAGAUCCGACGAAGGUGUCCGACGUUUCACGAAGAGAUUCACUGAGAGGUUCGCUCAAGGGAAUCCGAGCGUCCACAUGUCAGUGCAACCUCACGUUUUCGACUUCUGGGCGUACGACACUGCUUGGGCUGUGGCCAUGGCGGUAGAGAGAGCCGCCGGGGCAAUGAAGCCUCGCAUCCGUGGCUCCCCAAGCCGUAGCAGUGUAGCAACCGACUUGGACAAGCUCGAUGUUGCCAUAGAUGGACCGAGACUUCUGAAGGCGAUCCACGACACUCGGUUCCGUGGCUUGUGCGGCGAAUUCCUGCUCGUGGACGGGCAGCUCCCAGUUUCCGCCUUCGAGAUAGUGAACGUUGACGGAGACCAUGGCGGAAGGGAGACCGUGAUCGGAUACUGGAAGCCGGAGUCCGGCAUCACGCGACACCCGAACACUAACAAGGCGACAGAGCUCAUGCCCAUAGUAUGGCCAGGGGGGUCGACGACCGUGCCCAAAGGCUGGCAGAUCCCAACCAAUGGCAAGAAACUUCAAGUCAUCGUACCAGCACCAACAGGAUUCAAGCGAUUCCUGAGCGUGGAAUGGGAUCCAACGAAGAACUCAACCAGCGUCAAGGGUUACUGCAUCGAUGUGUUCGAUGCUGUCGUGAAGUCGUUGCCAUAUGCCGUCCCUUACGAGUACAUUCCGCUUCAGCCGAGGACGGCCUCUUACAUCGACGAUCUCGUGUAUCAAAUAUACCUGAAGAACUAUGAUGCGCUGGUGGGGGACAUCACUAUCGUGGCAAACCGGUCUCAGUACGUGGACUUCACGCUGCCCUACACGGAGUCAGGGGUGUCCAUGGUCGUCCCGCUGAAGAAGAAGCCUGGGAACGCAUUAAUAUUCUUGAAGCCACUGUCGGCAGAUCUAUGGAUAUCAUGCAUUUUCUUCACCUUCCUUACGGGUUUCGUGGUGUGGCUGUUUGAGCACAGGGACAACACCGGUGAGUUCGGCGGCCCGCUGCACCGACAACUGGGCGUCAUCUUCUGCUUCGUUUGCUCCACGCUGGUCUCAUCACCAGAAAGGAAGUUGAAGAGCACAGCAUCGCAGAUCGUGGUGGUGUUUUGGGCGUCCGUGGUCCUGAUACUGGUGUCGAGCUACACAGCGAUGCUGUCGUCCAUGCUCACGGUGCAAGAACUCCAGCCCACAGUGAGCGAUGUGACCGAGCUCCAGACGAAGGGAGUCUACGUCGGCUACAGAAACGGAUCCUUUGUGGCCGACUUGCUGCAGAAGAUGAACUUUGACCGGCAAAGACUCAGGAACUACAGCACGGUUGAUCAGUAUGCCGAUGCCUUGUCCAAAGGAAGCGAUAACGGAGGGGUGGCAGCCAUUUUCGAUGAGAUCCCCUACCUCAUGUUCUUCCUCUCCAAACAUUGCCUUGACUACACCAUGGUUGGGCCGACGCAUCAGACGGCUGGAUUUGGCUUCGUGUUUCAGAAGGGGUCUCCAUUGGUUGCUGAUGUUUCGAGGGCUAUAUUGAAGGUGACACAAGGGGACAAGAUGGUGGAGAUAAAAAGGAAAUGGUUCGGAGAUCGGCCAACAUGUUCUCGUCAGCGAGACAAUCUCAGCUCCAUGAGGCUUAACUUCAGGAAUUUUUGGGGACUCUUUCUCAUCUCAGGACUUGUGUCCAUCACUGCCUUGGCCUAUUUCGUCUGCAACAAUCCAUAUGAAGCAAAGGAAGUGAUGGCAAGGAUGCAACAAGCAAUCUUGUACAUCAAAGGGGGGAAGCUGGAUAAAGAGGCUCAAAGUGUUACUGAACCUGAUCAGAAUGGGUAA